GUGAUUUUGUGUAAUAAUGUCUUUCCACAAACUAUGUUCUCUGUGCACUAUUCCUCAAAAUGCCCCACCAAUCAACAGCCAAGAAAGUCGCCGUGGUAGGUGCCGGCGCAGCCGGAUUGGUGGCUGCGCGUGAGCUCAGAAAGGAAGGUCACGAUGUAAUGGUGUUCGAGCGCGGAACCCAGUUGGGCGGGAGCUGGGUUUACUCGUCUGAGGUCGAGUCUGACCCGCUCGGACUCGACCCAACUCGGAAAAUCGUUGAGUCAAGCCUUUAUGCUUCUCUCCGAACUAAUCUUCCUAGAGAAGUCAUGGGUUUUCGUGAUUUUCCCUUUGUUCCUUCUGGAAAACCCGACAGAGAUUCACGAAGGUUUCCAGCUCAUCAGGAGGUGCUGAGAUAUUUAGAGGAUUUUGCUUGUGAGUUUGGACUGAAUGAAUUAAUCUGUUGCCAGACAGAGGUGACAUAUGUUGGGUUGGAGACGGAUGGAAAGUGGAUGGUGAAAUCUAGGAGGAUUGGUGGAGCUGAGGGCUGCCAAGUGACCGGAACUUAUGAUGCUGUGGUAGUCUGCAGUGGACAUUACACUGAACCACGAGUUGCUGAUAAUAUUCCUGGCAUUGACCUUUGGCCAGGGAGGCAAAUUCAUAGCCACAAUUAUCGUACUCCAGGACCCUAUCAAGAUCAAGUUGUAGUUUUGAUAGGGCUUUCUGUUAGUGCUCUUGAUAUCUCUAGGGACAUUGCUGUAUCAGCCAAAGAAGUCCACAUAACAACUAGGUCUGAAGCAGCAGGAAAAUUGGGCAAAUUUGGAAAGCAUCCUAUUUAUGAUAACUUGUGGCUCCAUUCAAUGAUAGAAAAAGCCCAUGAAGAUGGUAGAGUAUCGUUUCAAGAUGGGAGUGAAGUCCUUGCAAAUGUCAUUCUCCAUUGCACCGGGUACAAGCAACAUUACCCUUUUCUUCAUACCAGUGGUGCUGUGAGCGUUGAUGAUAAUCGUGUGGGGCCGCUGUUCAAGCAUGUGUUUCCUCCUGCAUUAGCACCAGGUCUCUCCUUCGUUGGUGUCCCUUCAUUUGUUGUCCCUUUCUUCCUUUUUGAACUUCAAAGUAAGUGGAUAACAGGCAUAUUAUCCGGGCGGAUAUCACUUCCAUCUGAAGAAAAGAUGAUGGAAGACAUAGAAGCCUUCUACUCAAAAUUGGAAGUUGAGGGAGUUCCAAAGCGCUACACACAUCAGAUCCAUGAUAUAAAGAAACUCUUUGUGCCAUUUGAGUAUGAGGAUUGGCUUGCUGCAGAAUCAGGCUGCCCUCCCCCUGAGGAGUGGAGGAAGAAUAUGUUUUAUGGCACAAUCGUCCGCACACUUAAUCAACCAGCGACUUGUCUUGAUGAAUGGGUCGAUGAAGACUUGGUUCUGCAAGCGCAUCAAGAUUUUAUGCAAUACUUGUCUGCUGCAGUUGCUGCUUCAGCACUAUGAUUGUAAACAUUGAUUCAUUGUGAAAAAUUAUAUCUGCCUAGAAGCGAAAAGCACAGAAAAGAGAAUUACUGCUGUCACAGACACAGUUGUGUAUUGCUGAUUUGCUGCAAUUGGGGUUGUAUUAAUAAAAUAUUAUUCACUUUCUUUAA